GUCCAUGUUUUUUUCUGAUAACCUGCAGAUUGACACCAUGGACCAGUUCCCCUCUGACAUCCACAUGUUUGACCACAUGCUGACCAUGGAGGACAUGAUGGGCCAGUCCAUUCCAUCCAUGUACGGACAUCUAGUCCCAGAAGAACAGGUUCAACAGGGGGCGGGGCCAGCUGAAGAACCUGUGGCCAACCACAAGCUCCAGAACACCACCAACAUGAGCUGUGCCAUCUGUCUGAUGGACUACGUGGUUGGUGAGAAGAUCCUCCUCCUCACGUGCGACCACGUCUUCCACGCCGUCUGUGUGGGGACGUGGUUACAGGCAAAGAGCACCUGCCCCGUCUGCAGAGCCGAUGUAUGA